GCUCGUACAAAUUAUUUAAACGUUACAACAAAAUUCACAUUUAAACGUUUAGCCGACACAUUACAAAUUUUAGUGAAGAAACCAUAAAUGUUUAGCUAAUUAUAAUUACCGAAACAAAAUUCAAGUGUAUUAUAUAAAGACGCAUAUAUAUAACCUAUAUAUGCAUAUAUACUUAUUAUCUUUUAGAUCAUGAACACCACGGAUACAUAUGUGAGCUGGCCUUGCAGACUGAAGAUCGGCGCCAAAAGCAAGAAGGAUCCACAUGUGCGGAUUGUGGGCAAGGUGGAGCAGGUUCAACGUGCCAAGGAUCAUAUUCUGGGCAGUCUUGACUCCAGGGGCACUCGCGUCAUUAUGAAAAUGGAUGUUAGCUAUACGGAUCACUCGUAUAUCAUUGGACGCGGCGGCAACAAUAUUAAACGCAUCAUGGACGACACGCACACGCACAUACAUUUCCCGGACUCGAAUCGUUCGAAUCCAACGGAAAAAUCAAAUCAGGUGUCGCUGUGCGGCAGCCUGGACGGCGUGGAACGUGCCCGUGCUCUGGUGAGACUAUCGACGCCGCUGCUCAUCUCCUUUGAGAUGCCAGUUAUGGGGCCGGGCAAGCCGCAGCCGGAUCAUGAGACGCCAUACAUCAAAAUGAUUGAGAGCAAAUUCAAUGUGCAGGUCAUAUUCUCAUCGCGUCCCAAGCUGCAUACAUCUCUGGUGCUGGUCAAGGGCUCCGAGAAGGAGUCUGCGCAGGUGCGCGAUGCCACCCAGCUGCUGAUCAAUUUCGCUUUUGAGAGCAUUGCGAGCCAAAUUCUUGUGAAUGUGCAAAUGGAAAUAUCGCCGCAACAUCAUGAGAUUGUCAAGGGCAAGAACAAUGUAAAUCUACUGAGCAUCAUGGACCGCACACAGACCAAAAUCAUUUUUCCUGAUCUGACUGAUAUGAAUGUUAAGCCGCUGAAGAAAUCACAGGUGACAAUCAGCGGACGCAUCGACGAUGUCUAUAGGGCGCGACAACAGUUGCUCGGCAAUAUGCCUGUUGCAUUGAUAUUUGACUUUCCGGACAAUCAGACCGAUGCAUCCGAAAUAAUGGGACUCAAUCUCAAAUAUGGUGUCUAUAUAACGCUGCGCCAGAAGCAGCGGCAGAGCACCUUAGCGAUCGUCAUCAAGGGCAUUGAGAAAUUUAUCGACAAAAUCUAUGAGGCACGCCAGGAGAUACUACAUCUGACAACGCCCGUCAUCAAGCCGGAGAUACCCGAUCAUUAUUAUAUGCCCAAGGACAAGGAUGUGAGUCUGGCGUAUCGUUCACAGUUGACGGCUCUGCUUGCGGGUUACCCGGAUAGUCCGAAGACGCCCUCGUUGUUGCCCCCAACAAUGGGUGGCCAGUUGACGCCGUAUGGCAAUAAGGCUCACAUGCUGCUAGCUGCUAAUGUGGGCGUUGGCCUGGUCACGCCCACGGGCAUAUGUGCGCCCACGCAGAAGUACAUGCAGCUGCAUAAUAGUAGCUAUCAGCCCAACAACAACAACAACAUCAGCAACAAUAGCAACAUCAACAACAACAACAACAUCAACAACAACAACAACAACAACUAUCUGCAAGUGCCCGGCAGCGGUCUGCUAAAACCGCCACCCGCUCCGAUGCCUUCAACGAACGUUGGCCCACCGCCCACAGUGGGCGUGAAUCUGUCACCACGGAACAGUUGCAGCCAAAACACCAGCGGCUAUCAGAGCUUCAGCAGCAGCACCACCUCACUGGAGCAAUCGUAUCCACCCUAUGCCCAAGUACAGGCGGCCGUAUCAUCAACCUCCUCCUCAUCGGCGAGCGCCAAUCGUGCACACUAUUCGCCGGACUCGACAUACAGCAGCGAGGCGGGCAGCAUUGCGGGCGCCGCCGCCCGACUGGGCCGGCGCCUCAGCGAUGGAGUGCUGUUGGGUCUGGGCAAUGCCACGGGCGGGGGGGCACAUCUGUUGCCCGGCAGCGCCGAAAGCUAUCGCAAUCUGCACUAUGACCUGGCAGCAGCAGCAGCUGGCAAGCAGCAGCUGCAGCAACAGCAGCAGCAACAGCAGCAGCAACAGCAGCAGCAACGCGCAUUCGAUUUUGAUAUGAAACGUGCGCUUGGCUUUAAGGCCAUGGAACGGACUCCGGUGGCCGGUGAGCUACGCACCCCAACACCGGCCUGGCUGGGCAUGGGCUUAAGUCGGACCUCGCCGGCUCCGAUCGAGACGGUCGAUGAUGGCAUUGGCAAUGCUAGCAAUGGCUGGCGCAUGCCGCCCCCACCGCCGGGCUUGGGCUCACCCUAUGGACUGAGCGCGACAACGGGCCUGCUGGAUGCAACGCCCGUCAGUCGGCGCAUGCAACUCUCACAACACAAAGAUAUACAUACCCUACUGACAAGCCUCGGCCUGGAGCAUUACAUAAAAAUUUUCGUGCUGAACGAAAUCGACUUGGAAAUGUUCUCGACCCUGACCGAGGAGAAUCUCAUGGAGCUGGGCAUCACCGCGUUUGGAGCUCGCAAGAAGCUGCUGGCGGCCAUUCAUACGCUUCUGGCCAACGAAGCCGCCUGCAGUAGUAUGCCCAGCAGCAGCUCCUCGCAGAGCUCCUCGCCGCGAUUCUCCGGCAGCGCUGCGCCCGGAGCUGAGCGUCGCCCCUCGAAUCAGUGGUAAUAUGCUGGAUGGUGUUGGUUUAUCCAUGAUGAUGAGAAGUAGCUGAAAA